AUGCACUCGCUCAAUGUGGCUCCAAGAUCAUCACUCGACUUAUUCUCUAAGAGACCUGGUAUGGAUAUCCCCCAAAAAUCUAGGAAGGUGGUCUAUGCGGACGAAUACCAGAGAUUCAAUGCUGUCAUUUCGUUGCUCUUCCCUUCCACAGUUCAUGUGCAACAAUCGCAGAAUAUCAUCGGUCGAAUACACUUCCUGCGUCUUCUUACCCUCUCAAACGGGGUUCGGUUACUUUUAAAAGGCUCACCCUUGCCUGGAACCCCCCUUCUACGACAUGAACGUUAUUUUCUUGAGACCGAAGCCCGUUUUCUAGCUCUCCUAGGGCAAAGUGCCAACCCAUGCAUUCCCCAACUCUAUCAUUAUGACUCCCGUGGAAGUGUUCUUGGCUGUGCAUACUCAAUACGACAGUACAUGAAAGGAAGCAGUUUAUCAGAAAUACAGGAUCAAAUCACUUCUCAGGAACGCGAAGAUGUUGAUCGGCACUUAGGGUUUCUGGCAAGCAUCAUCGGCCAAAACGUUGCCCCGGGAUUUGGCUCAUUGCAACAAGUAGCCAUGGGCACAGGCAAGCGCUCUUGGAGAGAAGUGUUCAUCGCCCUUUUUGAAAGUGUUCUUCGUGACGCAGAGGAUAUGUUCAUUCACCUACCUUAUGCCGAUAUCCGCCAUGAAGUGAGUCGCCUGUCAAGUGUACUUAGCGAGGUAACUUUGCCCCGUCUUGUGGUUUUGAGAUUUGGCCGGCCCUCUCACGUCUUGCUGGACGAGACAUCCCACCAACUAUCUGGAGUUGUGGACUUUGGAAGUGCCUUUUGGGGUGAUAUUUUAAUGGCUGAGAUAUUUGAGAAUCCCACCCCAGCUGUGCUAGAAGGGGCAGGUCUGCCGUUGAACAGAACUCAUGGAGAAGAUAUUCGUUUGUUGAUGUAUUCAUGUUAUCGUCUUGUGACAGAAAUCACCAUACAAUAUUAUCGAAACCGGGAAGAAGAGAUAGAAUAUGAUGCUCGUCGGAGACUGUUAGCCAAUAUUGCGAACAUGGUUGUUCUUGAGCCGGUUUAG